UCCCCUCCCUCCGCUUCCCGCGUGGCUGACACCGGCAGCGUGAUGUGAACACAAUGCGAUUCCAGGAACCCCUCGCUUCCUGGAACAGAUUAAAAGGGGCACACAAAAGAUUAGCCAGGAGGCUCCUUCUCUUUUUCUCCCCGCCGAGCCUCUCCACUGGGGCAGACAGGGCCAACGCAGGGCGCUGCGCUCCCGCUCUCCUCCCCCUGCACCCUUAUUUAUUGCUACCUAUUUAUUGCUAUUUCAGAGCGCUCUGGAUGCUUUUUUCUCCCGGAUUGCUCUGAAGGAAGAUUAGUUCCGCUUUACACACAUGUAAUUUCCCUUUUCUCUGGGUAUUUUUUAAACUUUUUUUUGUUGUUGUCUUUCUGUGGAAAGCAGAACAAGAACACUUCAUUUUCUGAAGCACAGAGCGAGAGGGAACGCAUCUUCCCGGCUGAAGUUGCUGAACGCGCUGUGAAGCCUCUCUCGGACAGCCCGAUUCGCUUUCGGCUUGGCUUUUUCUGUGUCUUCAGUGGAAGGCGUUUGCUGGGGCUCUCCAGCCUUCUCUGACUGUGAGCCCCUAACCAGAGGCUGGGACUAGCUUGCUCCGGCAAGGAAGCAAAGAAAAAGGAGACAAGAAGAGAGAAGAGGAGAAAGCAUUUCCUACCACCUUGAAGACUUAAUGCUUUUCCCUUGGUCCAGGAGUGACAUGAUCCUCUGUGUUCAGGGACCUCAUCCUUUGCUGGCGGAGGAAAAGAUCAGGAGACUCUCACUCAGGGGCCUUGUGGUGGAACUGCCAGUGCCCAUCAUGCAGCCUCUCCCAGUAAUGGCCUUCCAGGAGGAGUCUGCACCUGCCUUUGCAGCCCCAGUUCCAGAGAGCAACCCACCUCAGAUCCGAGACCCUGAAGAAGACCUUCUCUGUAUUGCAAAAACCUUCUCCUAUCUUCGAGAGUCUGGUUGGUACUGGGGAUCUAUCACUGCCAGUGAGGCUAAGCAGCAUCUCCAAAAGAUGCCUGAGGGCACCUUCCUGGUACGGGACAGCACCCACCCCAGCUACCUGUUCACACUCUCUGUCAAGACAAACCGAGGUCCCACGAACGUGCGCAUCGAAUACACUGACAGCAAGUUCCGGCUAGACUCCAACUACUUGUCCAAACCUCGCAUCCUGGCCUUCCCAGAUGUGGUCAGUCUUAUCCAGCACUAUGUCAUGUCCUGCACAACAGAAAGCAAGAACGAGGCUCCUUACCCGCCUCCGUCUCCUCUACCUCCCCUGCAGAAAGAGAUGGCAGCAGCUGCAGUGCACUUGAAACUCAUCCGGCCGCUCGGCCGCAAAGACAACAUCCCCAGUCUCCAGCACCUCUGCCGGCUGCGGAUUAACAAGGCUACAGCCGACGUGGACCAGCUCCCUCUGCCCCGGCGGAUGGGGGACUAUUUGAAGCAAUACCCUUUCCAACUCUGAAGCAUGGCCAUUACACCUCAGGCAUGACAGACAGGGACAGAAAUAAGAGAACUUUGUGUCUUUGUCCCGCUGAAGCACGACAUCAGGUGGGCACAGUAAAGACCUGAUUAUCAGCAGAGACUGCAUCAAUAUUUCCUCUCCCUUUCUUUCUGUAUCCAUUCCAGCACCAGGGAGGAGUUGGUUGUUUCAGUGAACAAUGGGACACAAAUCUGAGCUCUGAACCUCAGGCCGUGCCGACAGUGGCUGUGAGAAAGUGCUGUAGGCAUGGUCACACUACUUGAAUUUCAGAGCUGCUGUGACACCGGCAAUGUUAACAUUGUUAUUUUCACUAUUUAUUUCCAUGGCAGUUUCUCUCCUCGUAGUAUUUUAAAAGCACCUUUUACUUUAUUAUUUUUGUUUCUUUUUCUUUUGUGGAAUUACAGAUAGAAGAAAGUCCCCCAGCCAAAUGACAGCCAGAAAUCUGUGGGAAUUUGGAUUCGCAUUCAAAUAGUACCUGUUUGAACCUGUCCCUGUAACAGGUCACAGGAGUCCGUUCAAGUUCCCCCAGACUUCUGGGAUAUGUGGGACUCAGACCCACCUCUGCAGAGGUAAAGAGUACUUUUUAUUUCCCCUUCCUUAGCUCCAAGGGACUGGGUAUCAUAACCUCAAAGCACACUGGUAGCUCCCAGAGAUGCAUUCUGCAUCAUAGGUUGUGGACAAGAGACUUUGCCAAGGAAGCCCUUCUUCCUUGACAGCUCUUAGCAGAGAUUCUCAAUACUGAGCUUGAGCCAGGGAGCACUCAUCCCAUUUUUUUUUGCCUUCCAUCUUCUCAUGUCUAUGACAAAACAUUUAGACACAAGUAAUCAGACCCCCAACUUUCUUAUUUGCAGGCUGGUUUCAGAGCACUCUGCAUGUGGCUUGGGUUUUGAAAGUGCUGUUUCCUGCCAUUACCCUUGCCUCGCAAGCAAGUGGGGGGGUUCAGAGACAGCUCUGCUGAGCUGCACCAGUGACACACACAGAGCUUCAGGAUAUUUAUUUAUUUAUUUGGGGGGGGUUCCAAGUUAGAAGCACCUCAGCAGAAAGAGCUGUCCUUCCCCUCUGCUAACACAACGCCAGACUGCAGUUGCUCCGCCUCUGCCAGCAUUAUGCAGGAAGCACGCAGCUUCAAUCAGAGCAAGGCUCUAGCACACACUGGAAAUCACAGUUCAGCGUUGCUGUUUGCCUAGGUCCAGACCUCUCCUCUCCCUUUCUCUGACCUGCAUGUUGGAUAUCCUUCACUGGAUUCUUUGCUUUGGGUUUACUUCUCACACCCCUGCAAACGAAGCACAAUGGCUUUCCCUUGCUCUUUGGUGGGUAGGAGGGACAAACAGCAGAUGGGGUCUGCCCCAAACUAAGCAUAGACAGGAGCUGCCCCCUCCUGUUAACUUGCUUGAUCCCAUCGCCUUCCUAGCCUGUAGGAGCCAGUCCACACCAUCAAGUGAGAGCACAGAAGGGAACAGAAAAGGUCUGUAGCAAUUAUUUUUCAGCUUCUUUUGCCUCUAAGACCCUGUAACUUGACCAUGCUUGAACCAAUGGGACUGUCUCUCUGAGGCUCUCUGUAAAUUAGAAUAGACAAACCCCAGCUACACCUGAGGGCUGGAAGAGGAGGUGGAAAAGGAUGGGAUAGUGACCCAGGAGACAAGCUCAAAAAAUGGGUGGAGUUUUUUCAUCCUAUCUUAAAGCUGCCCAAAGGGACAAGAUGGCCUGAUGUGCUCAGUCACUGUCCUUGUUUUUUUUCACCACAUUUAUAUAAGUUUGUGCUCUUGUAAGCUUUGGUUUUGAUACUUUGAUGAUUGACAGCGUGCAUGUGUGAUGUCAGAUUUGCUUUUUAUUACAUCCUUCCCCCUUACCCCAUAUGGCAGUAACCGUGGGAAAGUACCAAAUGAGAAUGAAAACUUAGGAGACAACAAGAAAGUGUUUUGGUUUGGUUUCUUAAUGAUAUAAACCAUAAACCACUGAAAAGGCUUCCUUUUAUCCUAACACCUCUGUCUGCCUGAGGACACUGGGAACAAGGGAACCACAGCUCUUGAAGGAGCAGCAGUGAUCUCAGGAAGCCCACAUGGCUCAGCCACAGGCUUGGUAUCUACAGCAAUCAUUUUGAGAAAGGGCGAGUUGUUCAGCUCUGAGACUUGCCUCCUAUUCAAUCUGUUCUCUGUUGGGGUAAGGAGGAAAUUGAGCUUGCAGGUUUGACCACACUGCCCCAGGAGAGCCUAGCUAGAAUGGGAGAAGCAUGUGAAGAGAAUGACUGCCUGUUCCACCCCCAGCAGGACGAUGCAGAGGCUGAGCUGAAGGCUGUAAGCUCACAUGGGCAGGGACCAUCUCUGUUGUAUGUUUGUUCCGCAUCUAGCACAAUAGGGUUCUCUAGGUGCUACUGCAAUACCAAGAAUAAACAAUACAGUUACUCCAAAACCUCAGUUUCUUCUAUCUUGAGACAGUUUGUUAAAAAUCAUUGGACUUGGAUUUUAAAUAAACAUUUUAAAGAUAUUUUGAAGCCA